AUGACUGCUUUAGCUCCCUUGAGAAAUUUGAGAGCAAAGGCGGCAAUUUCAGUUUGUAGACGUGAAAUACUUUGCUUUAACGGAAUUUCUAAUGGAUUAUACAAUACAAAGUUAUUGAGGAGGGGUAUAAAAACUGUUCCUUCUAAGCACAACACAAACCUUGGUGAAAAUGCCCGUGCAAGCUCUACCGCUACAGCUACAGCUACAGCCAGUGGUAUAAAAUACGAUAGCUCCUAUGUUGGAAAGACUGGUGGUGAAAUUUUUCACGAUAUGAUGCUAAAGAAUAAUGUGAAGCAUGUUUUUGGGUAUCCGGGAGGUGCUAUUUUACCCGUAUUUGACGCCAUUUACCGCUCUCCUUACUUUGAAUUUAUUUUACCAAGACACGAGCAAGGUGCUGGUCAUGCGGCUCAGGCGUAUUCUCGUGUUACAAGAUUACCUGGUGUCGUUUUGGUUACUUCGGGACCUGGUGCCACAAACGUAGUUACGCCUAUGGCAGAUGCUUUGAUGGAUGGUACUCCAUUGGUUGUUUUCAGCGGUCAAGUAGCUACUUCUUCCAUUGGCAGUGAUGCUUUCCAAGAAGCAGACAUGAUCGGUAUUUCUCGUUCUUGUACUAAAUGGAAUGUUAUGGUAAAGGACAUCGCUGAUCUUCCUCGUCGGAUAGAUGAAGCAUUUGAAAUUGCUAUGUCCGGUCGUCCUGGUCCCGUUUUGGUUGAUUUGCCAAAGGAUGUUACUGCUGGUGUUUUGAGAGAACCCAUCCCUGUCACAUCUUCUGUUCCCUCAUUGAACCGUAGGAUGAGAGAAGUUUUGGAAUUUGGUAACAAAAAUGUGGAAGCUAAGAUUCAACGCGUCUCUACGUUGUUACAGCGUGCUAAAAAGCCCGUAAUAUUUUGUGGACAAGGCGCUAGUUAUAACUCCGAAUCCCCCAAAUUGCUCCGUGAAUUUAGCGAACGUUUUCAAAUUCCAGUCACUACUUCUUUGCUCGGUUUGGGUGCUUACGACGAACGUAGCGACCUUAGCUUGCAUAUGCUUGGUAUGCAUGGAAGUGGCUAUGCUAACAUGGCCAUGCAAGAAGCUGAUAUGAUCAUUGCUCUUGGUGCUCGUUUUGAUGACCGUGUAACCGGUAACGUUGCUCUUUUUGCACCCGAAGCUAAGCGCGCUGGUGCUGAAGAACGUGGUGGUAUCAUUCACUUUGAUAUCUCUCCUAAGAACAUCGGGAAAGUUGUUCAACCUACCGAAGCUAUAGAAGGUGAUCUCUUUGAGUCUCUCAAGUUGCUUAACGCGGCCAUGCCCGAUAUCAACCUCGAUUCUCGUGUAGAAUGGUUGUCUCAAAUUCAAGCAUGGAAGCAACGUUUCCCAUUUACCUUUACCCCUAGCGCUCCCGGUGAAUCACCUAAGCCUCAAGAGGUUAUUCAAGAACUUGACAAACAAACUGUCAAUAUUAAGGACAAUGUAACCAUUACCACAGGUGUUGGUGCUCAUCAGAUGUGGGCUGCUACCUUUUAUCGCUGGUCCAAGCCUCGUUCUUUAGUUACUUCAGGUGGCCUUGGUACAAUGGGUUAUGGCUUGCCUGCCGCUAUUGGAGCUAGCGUCGCUAACCCUAAUGAAAUUGUUAUCGAUAUCGAUGGUGAUGCUUCUUUCUCUAUGACUGGUAUGGAACUUGCUACUGCCCGUCAGCAUGACAUUCCUAUUAAGGUUUUACUACUCAAUAACGAAGAACAAGGUAUGGUCACCCAAUGGCAAAAUCUUUUCUACGAAAAACGUUAUUCCCAUACUCAUCAGAAGAAUCCUAAUUUUACUAAACUGGCUGAAUCUAUGGGACUUAAGGCCUUGCGUGUCGAAAAGAAGGAGGAUCUUGCUUCGAACAUGAAACAAUUUUUAGAAACCAAAGGACCUGUUCUUAUGGAAGUGUUGGUUGCUAAAAAGGAGCAUGUAUAUCCUUUUGUUCCUGGUGGUAAGGCUCUUCACCAGUUUAUUGUUCACAAGAGUCUAUCUUAA